AUAAUCAGUGUGGAGAUCUACUGCACUCAGCCUUAAGCGUGAGCAAGAUCCGAAUUUUCAACACUAAUUCAGUCAAGUCAGUUAGUGCUUCUAUGUGAUGAUUGAGAGACUUGGCGCGUUACGAACAGCAUUUCCAACAAACUGCAGACAUACAUCAGCAGCUGACGCCUAUGCCCACUGCAUACUGAAGAUUGAUCAGAAGGUCAAAAAGAAUAAGCAAGGAGGAACUCUGGCCUUGCAACGAAUCAACCAACAGAGAACCUAUCGCUCAAAAAAUAUACAGAAGAAGAAAGUGGAGAUGGAUUGGUUUGGGCGUACACUGAGAACACGAUUUGGGGACAUCAUAUUCCAGGCCAGGCCGUCGAGUGGAACUCAAAUGGGAAACGAUGAGUUGGGUGUCCGAGUGUGACAUGGAAGAGAUGAUGUAAGGAGGAAAUGAAAGCUCGUGGGCGGUGGUUGUGUUAGGUUAAGAAGACUGGUGAUAUGCUACUGAAGCCCUCUGCUUGACUAGGACCUCAAAGGAUAAAUAAUAAUUAUAUACAUAAUAUUGCAUGGUUAUUAUUUCGAGUUCAUUGAAACCUUGCUAUUUAAGUGAGUUAUCCAGUUCUGUUCAGUGCUCCCAGAUUUUCAAUGGUUCCCCAACUA